GACACUUUCUGGGACACUUUGAUGGUAAAUGUUGAGAAUCAUCAGGCGGCUUUAUUCCCAAAAUCUCCAAUCAUUUCCGUUAAUCCAACUCAUUCAGCCCCACUCAAGGUACUCCGCGUCCCAAACAGUUUACUUGGCUAAAUACGGUGUUAAAAGUAUGCCACUGCGGUAUCCGGAUGCUCGUCGUGAUUCCUCCAAUGUGGAGGAAUUUUUCGGCUCAAAAAUCAUCGAUCACUACAGAUGGCUCGAGGAUCCGGAUUCCCCUGAAACGGAGGCCUUUGUGAAGGCACAAAAUGAGAUUUCUCAACCAUUUUUGGAGAACAAUGACGAAUGGAAGGUGAUCAAUGAGAAGCUCACCAAGCUGUGGAACUAUCCUCGUUACAGCUGCCCCACCAAGUAUGGGAAUCGUUACUUCUUCAGUCACAACACAGGGCUUCAGAAUCAAAAUGUCCUGUACACAAUGACUUCCCUCGAUGGGGAACCCAAAGUCUUCCUGGAUCCCAACACCCUGUCUGAGGAUGGGACAAUUGCCCUCAGUGGCUCUUCCUUUUCCGAAGAUGGCAAAUACUUUGCCUAUGGGUUGAGUGAAAGUGGAUCCGAUUGGAUUAAAAUUAAGAUCAGGGACGUGGAGAGUGGUCAAGAUUUCCCCGAAGUCCUCGAAAAGGUGAAAUUCUCCUCAAUAGAAUGGACCCUGGACGGAAAGGGAAUCUUCUAUGGGCGAUACCCAACGCAAGAGGGCAAAACCGAUGGGUCGGAAACACUCAUGAAUGAACAUCAGAAACUCUACUACCAUCGUGUUGGGCAGCCCCAAUCCGAGGACGUUCUCGUGGCGGAAUUCCCGGAAAAUCCAUCCUACCGAAUUGGUGCUGUUGUGUCCGACUGUGGCAAAUACCUCAUCUUGCUCAUUGUAAAAGACUGCCGAGACAAUUUGGUGUACUUUGCCGACUUGGAGGGUGCAGGUACCAUCACGGGGAAGUUGGAGCUUAAGCAGAUAAUUCACAAAUUUGAAUCUGACUAUGAGUACGUGGCCAAUACGGGCUCCAAAGUUGUCUUCCGGACAAACAAAAAUGCCCCCAAUUACCACUUAAUUGUCAUUGAUUUCAACAAUCCGGCCGAGGAGAAGUGGGAGGUGCUCGUGAAGGAGCACGAAACGGAUGUGUUGGACUGGGUGGAAUGUGUGGAUGGGAAUAAAUUAAUUCUUGGCUACAUUCACGACGUCAAGACGCAGCUGCAGGUGCACUCCCUGGAGACGGGGCAGCUCAUCCGGCAAUUCCCACUUGAUAUUGGAACAAUUGUUGGUUGCUCAGGCAGGAAGUGCUCCUCGGAGAUCUUCUUCCAGUUUGUCUCAUUCCUCACACCGGGUGUCAUCUAUCACUUUGACUUUGCGGCCGAAGGGAAGGAGCCAACGGUGUUCCGGGAGUGUAAAAUUCAACUGGAGGACUUCCGACCCGAUGACUACUGCAUUGAGCAAAUCUUCUAUCCAAGUCGCGACGGUACGAAGAUUCCCAUGUUUAUUGUGCGCAAGAAUACGCCGGAACUCACACCACGUCCGUGCCUUCUGUACGGCUAUGGGGGCUUCAACAUCAGCAUCCAGCCCACCUUUAGUAUCACCGGACUCAUGUUUGUGGAUCACUUCAAUGGGGUAUUGGCCUUCCCGAAUAUUCGCGGGGGCGGUGAGUACGGGGAGAAGUGGCACAAUGCUGGGCGUCUGCUAAACAAGCAGAAUGUCUUUGAUGACUUCCAAGCAGCUGCAGAGUACCUCACGGCCAAUGGGUACACCACAAAGCCCCAGCUGGCCAUUCAGGGUGGCUCCAAUGGGGGUCUCCUCGUUGGGGCGUGCCUCCUCCAGCGACCAGACCUCUUUGGGGCUGCUGUGGCACAAGUUGGUGUCCUGGACAUGCUGCGCUUUCACAAAUUCACAAUUGGGCACGCCUGGAUCAGUGACUACGGCGAUCCCGGCAAGAAGGAGCACUUUGACAAUCUCAUCAAGUAUUCCCCAUUGCACAAUAUCAAAGCACCCGCCGAUGAGGCACAUCAGUAUCCGGCCACGCUCAUUCUCACGGCUGAUCACGACGAUCGCGUGAGUCCACUGCACAGCCUCAAGUUUGCCGCCACCAUUCAGUACGCCGUGCGUGACUGUGAGAAUCAGAAGAAUCCCAUUCUCUUGCGUGUCUAUAGUAAGGCAGGACACGGAGCGGGGAAGCCCACUACAAAAAAGAUUGAGGAAGUAACUGACAUCUUAACGUUCCUCAGCAAAAGUCUUCAGGUUGGAAAGUGAGCAAAAAAAAAAUAAAUCAGUGGCCCCCAUGAGGGACGUGCCAGUAUUUUCCCACAAUCAUGGUGUGAGGAAAAAAUUGCCAUAAUAAACACUUUUGCAGUGAAUUUGCAUUCAAUUUCUAUUAACGCAUAUCGCGUGCAUUUUGUAUUUUAUCAAAAAUUGAACAGCUUUUGAAGAAUUAUUAUGAGAAUAAAGAGAGAGAAAAUGAAAAUGUC